AUGUGUUUAAUACAAAAUUACUUUUUUCCCAAAAAAAAUUCAAUUUCAGAAUUCAUACCAUCUAGUUUGCUAACAUUUUUCGGUGAUCUGAAUGAUACAGAUCGAAGCGCUUUGCUAGAAUUAACAAAAAAAAUUUCUCGAAGUCGCUUGACAACACACAACGAAGAAUUUCUCGAAGGAUUAAAAAAGAAAAGUGAAAAUGCUUAUCAAAAAGUAUUGGCUGUGCAAAAUUACUUAUCACACAAAGUUGAAAACUUGGAACCUGAAAGUAAAACUUUCGCAAAAAAAGUCAGUGAUAAGUAUAUAUCACUCUUUACUAAUCCGCAAACUGCACCAAAAGGAACAUUUAUGAAACUAAAAUUAUUCAUAAAUGAAAUAUUUAAAAUAUUCGAUGAAUUGAGUUCAACAGCAAAAAAUGACUUGCAGAAAGCAUUCCCGGAAAUAGCGCAACUAAUUAUGAGUACGCUUUCUUCGAAUUAUCACGAAAAUUAUCCACGAUUUCGGAAUUACGUAAAACGCGUUUUCGAUAGUACUGAUGUAAGGAGAGCAUUUAAUCGAGCUGAUAGGAUGAUCAAUCCCAAGCAAUAA